AUGGAGAUAGCAGCGAUGCCGUUGGAUAUCUUAUUUGCCCCGCUCAUUCCAUGCUUACUAAUUACAGUGAUACUAUUAUGGGAAACAUUUCGUCCUCGGGAGGAAAAUUGUGAAGUCAUGACUUCUCACAACAUUCAAGCUCUACAAAAUGUACUUCUUGCUUUGGAAACGAUGGAGGAAAUGAUGGAUUACGAGGAAAGCGUAUCAAAAGCAAGAGCAUAUGUCCGGGAGGAGCAUGUUCCCUUCCUUGAAUCACGCUUUCGGAACUUGGACUCCUACAUCGCUUCCCACAAUCCGGAUAACUUCGCUCAUUUCACACGACUAUUCCUUUCUGAAUUCCAAGAUCUCCAUGAGAGACUUGGCCCCUAUUUGCAACAUGAGCCAUUUCAUGUUGCACCAAUCAGUGCCCAACGGAGGCUUUUCGUCUAUUUGAGCAGAAGAGCUCAACAUAGGAAGGCAGACCUGUCUGAUAUCGUCUCCGAAGUCACGGAUGCCGUCAAUACGGUUCUAUUCGCCGAUGCAUUCCCAACGCCCAUCCGUCAAGCACUUGAAGACUGUGCCAUGAAAACACAGCAGCGUUAUGAUUAUCCACGCGCUGUGGAUUUCAUGGACGGCAAACACGUAGGAUUAAGAGUUCGUUAUCAUUCAUCAGAUUCAUUCCGCACCUAUAUAGACGACCGAUCUUACUUUAAGAAGCCGAAAAAUGCGGGCAGCACGUAUUGGAACUACAAAGGCUUCCACUCCAUCAUCCUCCUUGCUGUUUGCGACUGCGGCUACCGUUUCACAGCCAUCGACAUUGUGCACCAGGACGAGCUGGAGACGCGGGAGUGUUCCGGAAUUCGGACAUCAAGACGUUCUACGAAGUUCGGGAUGACAUAUUCCCGGAAACAGAAGAGCUCAACGAUGUUGGACCAGUGCAGUACCACAUUCUGGUCGACGGUGGUUUCGCGCAGAGCCACCGAUACAUCAGACCGUUUCCGGAACCAAUGGCGACAACAGCUAGCAAACGUCGCAAUGAGAGACUCAGCGGGGCAAGGAGGAUCAUCGAAUCAUCAUUCGGAAUACUUUGCAAGAGGUUCGCCAUUUUGCAACGAGAUCUACAAGUCGAACCAGAAAAGGGCUCUGAAACUAAUCACAUCACUAUUGGUCCUCCACAACCUUCUCGCACGAAGGCAAGAUCUCCUGGAGGGAGUAGAACGAUUCGCGCCAGCAAGGAACUCGCCUUUACCAGACCGCUUUGCUUCACUACAACGAACUGCUCGGCAUGCCGGUUCAGAUUCGGCAAAAAUAGCAAGAGAUCGUCUUGUAUCGUACUAUGAUAAUUUGUAUAGAACUCCACAAUAA